AUGUACCCGGUUCGGCAUUCCGGGCACAAGCGGAUGUUGGAAGUAGUGUGCUGCUUCAUGGCUGAAGAAAAAUGGGAAGCGAGCGGCCGGUCUCACCCCAAUUUAUGCAGGGCGAAGCCUAUACGAUAUAGAACCAAGCAGACCGCCCGUAAAUCCACCGGAGGUAAAGUCCCCAGGAAGCAGCUGACCACCAAGGCUGCGCGUAAGAGCGCCCCGGCCACCGGCGGCGUCAAGAAGCCUCACCGUUACAGGCCCGGUACCGUGGCUCUGAGAGAGAUCCGUCGCUACCAGAAAUCUACUGAGCUGCUCAUCCGCAAGCUGCCCUUCCAGCGCCUGGUGAGAGAAAUCGCUCAGGAUUUCAAGACCGACCUGCGCUUCCAGAGCUCCGCUGUCAUGGCUCUGCAGGAGGCAAGUGAGGCCUACCUGGUCGGCCUUUUUGAGGACACCAACCUGUGCGCCAUCCACGCCAAGAGGGUUACCAUCAUGCCCAAGGACAUCCAGCUGGCCCGCCGUAUCCGCGGAGAGAGAGCUUAA